AUGGCAACCCGACGGAGACAAAACUGGAAAGCUCCUCUGACACUUUGCUUGCUAGUUUCACUUCAAGUAUGUUCUUCCCUGACCCAACCACCUUCGAAGUCCUUAGUAAACCGCCAGAUUCUGUCAAAUUAUUGGAUUCAUUGGGAGCAGCUCUUGAUCGAGGAGUAUCAAGAAACUGCAGAUCAACUGAAAGAGCAAAGGAGACGAUGGUCCCAAAAGCGACUGGAACAAUCUGGAUUGAGCAUAUUUGGAGCCUACGCGGAACCUGACUCGGAUAUCCUCGGUGACAAGAUUGUACGAGUCGUCAAAAAGGGAGAACGGUACUUGCGAGAUCGAUUUUCCAAAGGAGAUGUUCUUCUUUUGACUCCCCUCAUGCCAGAAAUUGAUCCAAUUCCAAGAGAAUGUUUGGUCACAGAUGUCGGAAAGGAUUGGUUGACAGUCGGAGUAGGACCAAGCUGGCCAAAAGGCUUGUACGAGUGCAGAAAACUAGUUGGCGCGUACCAGGUUCGCAUGGACAGAGGCGCACCUCAGGCACCAUUGAAGUUUCAACAAAGGGCUCUGGAGCAGCUUCGCAAAGGAGAGGCAGGAAAUGUAGCAUAUCUUAUGGCCUCUCUUUUUGCUGGGGAGAAAGAUGCGACGGAUUUGGCUGCCGAAUGUCCGAGUCGAUUGCAGGUUAACUUGGAUCUUGAAGAAACUAUUCACGAUGUAAUCGAAGAAGCGACAGAAUCGAUAUCAUUUACCCCGAACCAAUCACAAAAGGACGCAAUCACAUCAGCGCUCCAAAGACGGAUAUCACUGAUCCGAGGCCCACCGGGAACCGGAAAAACUAGAACAGCGGCACUGUUAGUAAAGACCGCUCUGAAGCUGCAACAAAAGCUCAAUGAAGAUAACCCAACAACGCACUCGAAGGCUCGCGUGCUUGCUGUUACGCAUAGCAACGGAGCCGCAGAUGUUCUCCUACAGGCUCUAUUGGAAAUAGGCGUCCCUGCGGUACGUCUUGGUCGUCCAGCUGCAGUUUCGGCCGAUGUUCGACAUCGAACUGUGGUUGCCAUCUCUGAGAAGAUGCCAGACGUAAUGGAAUUGCGACAAACUUCAGCGGAUGCCAAUUUGGAUGGUCAAACGCGAUCGGCAGCUGCCUAUGAAAUGAAACAGUGUCUUGCUGACGUUCAGCAAAUGAUCAUGGAAUCGGCUCCGGUCAUCGUCACCAGUUGCAUUGGGGCUCACCAAUUCUACAACGCCUCGGAUAGCGAGGUAAAAUUUCCAAUUGUUGUGUUGGACGAAGCCGCGCAAACAACCGAGCCAGCUCUAGUUUGCGCACUUGCAGCUAGUAAAGCCGAACAGCUAGUUCUUGUGGGAGAUACUCGUCAGCUUCCACCAACAGUGACUUCGGUCAAGUUGCAAAAGACGCUAGGCGUUUCACCCAUGGCUCGCUUGGAACGAGCUGGUAUCCAUGAAGCUACGUUAAGCUCGUGUUACCGCAUGCCUCCCGCGCUUUUGGAAUACCCGUCGUCGUAUUUUUACAAAGGCCGGGUCACUGCGGCGGACGAGCUAUCAUGUAUCGACACAUCUCCUCCAGCUGGAUUCCCUUGGCCCAAUGAGCAACCAGUGGCCUUUAUCCAGGUCGGAGAUGGCGAAGCAGAGGUUGCUCACAAUUUUGGGGGGAAGUCAAAUCCAACAGAGGCCAAGCUUAUCAUUCGAAUUGUUCAAGACUUGUUGGAAGCCGGAACAGUGCACGAGGACCGAAUCGCUGUCAUUAGCCCGUAUUCAAAACAAGUGCAGCUCAUUCGAUCCGAACUGACCUCUUCUUUUACCGCCACAGCGGCAAGCAAGAAAUUGCAAAACGUACGAGUGGGUACUGUUGAUUCGUUUCAAGGACAAGAGAAGGAUGUCAUUGUGUAUUCGGCUGUUCGAUCGAAUCCAUUGAAAGAGUUGGGCUUUCUCCGGGACGCAAGGCGUUUGUGUGUUGCUAUUACUCGGGCUCGGCGUGGCUUGAUCCUGGUUGGUGAUAAUACUACUCUCAGAUCGUGUCGUCAUUGGGGUGCCUUUCUCGAAUCCUGCCAAAACCGUGGGAGCAUGAUGAUAGCAUCUGAUUUGUUGCCAGCACGAGAGCAAGAAAGGGCGAGUGUAGAUUUGGAGGACGUAUUUGACAGUUUGUUGGUUGGAGACAUUGAUGAGAACUACGGGCUUUUUUAA